CACUGUGCGCAUGUACAGGAGACUUUACGGUAUUGCGCUCCAUCUCUCUCUCUCUCUCUCUCUCUCUCUCUCUGCGCACCACCGUGCUCGUGUGGCGGCAGCUCGCGGCUGCAGGAUCCGACAAACACUUGAGUGACGCGCGUGGAAGACGGUCGAACAAUUCAAGACAAAAAACAAUACAACAGCCGAUUUAUCUGAGGCGAGCGAUGACCGCAGUGGACUCAUCCGGGGAUCAUUUCGCUUCGCCGCCGACCGAGCUUCCACUCCCGCGGUGCUUCAGUGGGAACAGACAGACAAUCUGACCCCCCCCCCCUCAUUUCGCAACCUAUUCCGCAUGCAUGAAGUCUGGGAUUGAUUUCUCCUCCAUGUUCAUUGGAGACCAGCGACCUUGCAAUGUGUAGCCUAGUGUAGACUAGUUGUUAUCUGAAGGAGGGGUUGCUGGGGUUGCUGUGUUUAAAAGCAGUGUCAGUUUUUCUCUGCAACAUGUUUUGAGCGCAAAGGCUGAAGAGCGGCUGCUGUUGUCGUGGAGGAGGAGGUGUAGGAGGAGGUGGAGGAGGUGUGUGUGUGUGGGGUUCUUCACUGCGCAUACAAGCGGCGGACCGUCUCUGCGCUACCGCCGCGUUUGGCUCCAUUACGCACAGAGGAGGUCUUUUUUUGGGGGGGGGUUGUUCUGGUUAAUCUGGAAAUACACGGUGGUUAAAAAAUGACGAUGUCCGUCCCGGAGAGGAAAUCAGGAUCGGAGGGGAAGGAGGAGGAGAGCGAGGAUGAGAGCGAGAUCUUGGAGGAGAGCCCGUGCGGCCGCUGGCAGAAACGGAAAGAGCAGGUGAGCCAAGGUAAUGUCCCAGGUGUGGAGAGUGCCUCUCUGGCCAUGGACACAGAGGAGGGCGUGGAGGUGGUGUGGAACGAGGUGCUCUUCUCUGACAAGAAGGUCUUCAAAGCACAGGAGGAGACAAUCAAGGAGAUGUUUGAGAACCUGAUGCAGGUCGAACACCCCAACAUUGUCAAGUUCCACAAGUACUGGCUGGACAUGAAGGAGAGCCAGGCGAGGGUUAUAUUCAUCACAGAAUACAUGUCGUCGGGCAGUCUCAAGCAGUUUCUGAAGAAAACUAAGAAGAACCACAAGACUAUGAAUGUGAAGGCCUGGAAGAGAUGGUGCACCCAGAUUCUCUCUGCCCUCAGUUAUCUGCACUCUUGUGAGCCUCCAAUAAUCCACGCCAACCUGACGUGCGACACCAUCUUCAUUCAGCACAACGGCCUCAUCAAGAUCGGCUCAGUGUGGCAUCGGCUAUUUGUUAAUGUGUUUCCAGAUGCCAGCGUCCACAGUAAAGCGCGGCAGCAUCGUGACGAGCAGAGGAAUCUUCAUUUCUUUGCUCCGGAAUAUGGAUCCGGCGACGAUGAUUAUGCCAUAGACAUUUUCUCCUUCGGCAUCUGUGCUCUAGAGAUGGCAGUACUGGAGAUCCAGGCCAACGGAGAUACUGCUGUGUCCAAGGAAGCCAUCGUCAACGCAGGUCAAUCUCUGGAAGACCCUCUCAUGAGAGAGUUCACCCAGUCCUGUUUGCGUCACGAAGCCAAGCUCCGUCCCACGGCUCACGACCUUCUGUUCCACCGAGUCUUGUUCGAGGUCCACUCCCUCAAACUGCUCGCCGCCCACUGCCUCAUCAACAACCAGUAUUUGCUCCCAGAAAAUUGUGUGGAGGAGAAAACCAAGUCCUUUGACCCCAACGCUGUCAUGGCAGAGAUUAAACAUGAUGACAGACAGGGAGUUCAGCUCAAAUACUCUCAUGUGUCCCCUCUGGAGCUUGACAAGUUUCUGGAGGAUGUCAAGAAUGGGAUCUACCCCUUGAUGAACUUCGCGUCGUCCCGGCCUCACCCCGUCCCUCGAGCCCUGUCCUUGUCUCAGGAGCAGGUUGAGACGGUCAAGACGCCGACUCCCGAACCCCAGGAGACAGAGUCAAGAAAGGUUGUUCAGAUGCACUGUAAUUUGGAGACAAAUGAAGAAGGGACCAAAACUCAUGUGAGUCACAUAGUAUUACAGCUCUCUUUGUUUCUGAAGAUGGAUGACAAACUUCAUAGGCAGCUUAGCUGUGACAUCCUUCCAACUGACACCUCCAAAGACCUUGCCAGUGAACUUGUUCACUACGCCUUCAUUAAUGAGGAGGACAGUGAGAAGGUGGCAGGGUUCCUAGAGGACGCCAUGUGCCGACACCGGGUCCGAGCGCUGCCCUCUGGGAGCACACAGUGAGGAGGGGUCCCGACAGCGGCUGGCCCCGGACAGAAGGGGCCCGGGCGUUGACCACACGGAUCGAGAAAGGGAGGGGGCAAGCGGACAGGAUCACACAGCCGAAAAAGAGACAAAUACAGAAGGAUGCUGGGCGUUGACAGUCCGGACAUCAUCCCAGUGAGAAAGGGGAACGCCAGGAACCAAAGGCACCUCUGGUUGGUGGGCUGGAGGCACCAUGACUGUGUUCAGCAAUCCCACGAAGCAAUGGAAGAUCGACAAAAACUCCCUGCCUGAAAGGGCUUAUCACGCCUUAAGAUAUCUUGACAGCUUUUCCAUAAUGCCGCUACUCAGAACGGAUAUGUUUUACUUAGAAAUGCAGCAGCUGUGUUUUCAGAAGGACGUUUUAUUGCUCAUGAGCCUCGUUUGCACUCCAAUGUCCACUUUGAUUGGUGACGAUUUUCUUUGAAUUGUAAACAAAGUAAUUUACUACAGCCUCUCUCCCGUACAAGCCAGAACCCCUGCGUUUAUGACAGUUUUAGGAAUUUAUUAUUCCGUCCAACAUGCACUGUUAAUACUCAUUCAGUUGACUUAUUUAUUUAUGUUUAACUGUGAACAAUAGAAGCUUUCCACAAGCCAUUUAUUUUCUUUCUUUAUUUUGAUGAAGUUACAAAGUUAACACACGUAACUGCACUCUUGGGUUAAAGGCUUCUUCUCCCAGAGCUAAUCACACCAUGCCUAAAUGUAGUGACGAGCAAUGAGAUGAUGCCUCUCUUUUAGCCUGUAGUGCUCUUAAGGGUUUUCCCUGUGAAAGCGCUCUGAAAGCCAAAGACUUGCAAAGUGCCUGAAAUGGCAAUGUACUUUGGACAGCAUUUCCUAAUGAACAGGCACGAUACCCAACAUAGCAAUUUGGAAUUUAACAAAUUCAGGCUGACUUUUAGUUUUUAAAACCAGAUGCAUUGAUUCUUAUUGUCUCGUCUCCUAUCACGAGUCCGCACAAUCAGCCUGCGUGAAUGUGAAGAUUGUCACCCAGUAAUGGCAGCUCCACUGAGAGCUUCAGCCUUUGUAUACUGGACCUGUGGAUCAUUUGAUAAUGCUCUCUGCUGCAGUCGAUGUGAGUUUUUGAAAGAGCUGCAGCUCAUGUGCAAAAAUUGGAAUAGAUCACAGGAAGCAUGUGAAGUAAAAUCAUAGUCUUAUAUAAAUGGGAGGAGGGGUGAUGGGGAUGUGAUCUUAAAACGUGUUUAUACAAAUUGUUGAAGAAUAUUACUACUAUACUUACUUUUGCGGUAUUUUCCAAAACCAUCUGAGCAUAUUGUCGAAUGCUGAGCUUGUGUUUAGAGGUGUUUUAAAGGAAAAAUCCACCCAAAAGUCUUUAGGAAUGUAUGGUUUUAGCAUUUUUGUCUUUUACGUACUCAUGAACAGUGCUAACCUCUAGAGGUUUACAUGGGCCGCAGGUGAUAAAACACAAUCCAAGAUAAAAGAGAGUAACAGUUUUGCUUUGAACACUUUCAUUUCCCAGGAUCAGAUCUACUCUAGUUUUAUUUCACACAAUUUCAGUGUGAAUUUUGGAAUUGAUUGCACUGCAGUCCACACAAAAAUAGAAAACACUCCCUCUGCUCGGCCAGAUUCUCUUGUCAAGAAUCCAACCUUGGCACCGUAAAAGAAUGUUUGAUUGUUCUUUUUCAAAACUGGAGAGCAAAAAAACAAUGGGGAAUUGUCUGAUCGCAGCAGAGUACUUUUUUUUGGUUUUUUUUGUCAGACUCAUUUAGCUCUGCUUCAUUUGUUUCCCGGGUCUGUAAGGUUGAGGCUUCAUAUACACUGCUGUACAGUCAUUGCUUACAGUACUUACUUACUCUACUCUGUGUCCGGCCUUCUUAUCAGUGUGUCUCUGAAGACGGGAGUCAUGAAUUCUCCCAGACAUUCACCGACUAUGGGCUGUGGUGUACAUAUUUGUUUGUGGCUAUUAAAUGGGUUUACUUUCAGACACAUUUUCAAUACAAAGAAGUGCCACUAUUGCUCUCAUUUGAUCAAGUAAGCUGCAUGUCUUAAUAGCCUGCAACCAUUCAAAACUUAACAUUUUGCCUUUGUCAGUCACAGUUCAGUUUCAGAGGGGACCUGACCAAGAAAAUGAAUGUUUAGACUGUGCAAACAUGAAAAAUAAAACAUCCAUAUCAGUCUCAUUUUAUGUCAAAUGACUUCUUUUCCUGUGAAACUGUUGAAUGAAAUUUGCCUUUUGGAUGUGUUCUACUUAAACAUUUGUUAAAUAUUAAGGUUACUACAAUUAAAUACAUGACAAUAAAUGAUAUGUGACAUGUCUGAAUUUAUUAGUAUUUUUAUUUAUUUGUUGGACUGUGGUUUAAUGUUGAUCAAUCCACCUAUCUGAAACAUUUUCCAUUAUGUAUUGUUCCAGUAUAUAUUUUGAUGUUCACAUUAACAUAUUUUCGAAAAAUCAAUUAAAUUAAACUCAAGAAAGUAUUUUUAUCUAGUUGGCAAUAUACGUAUUAUAUAUUUUAAUUGUAUAAAAUGCAUAUCACUCCUACAUUUCCUCACGUCUACUCUUCUGGUCCUAUCACAGUUAUGUCAGAUCUAUGUUCACUGUUGUCAAAUUUAGGAAAUGGUACAAUAGAUCUUGAUGUUUUUUUUUAAGUUGGAUUAAAGUCUGAAUAACUUUAGAGGCAGGUGUGGAAAAGAGUAUCCAUCGUUGAAGAAUAAGAUGUAGUUUUGGACUAUUUGAGUUAAAUGUUAUCAGACAGAAGUCAAUUUUAUAUCAGAGUUUUAAAGUGUGCAACAGACAGGAAUUUUUAAAGCACACUAAACAAACAAAAAGUUGUUUGUUCAAACUUGGAGAUGAAAGCAAAUUGCAAAAAUAUAUGGUUUUGAUUGACUUUCAAAUGAACACGGUUUAUUCGGUCUGUUACAGGAAUAUAAUCUAACUAAAAAUAAUCACAAGACCAAGAGUUAUAUUUUAGAUUGGGUAACAUAUCCCAUAUAAUUCUUGCACUAUGUAGUGUAGCUGUAACCUUGGUUUAAAUAUUAUCAUUAAAAAAAUAAAAUUGUAGGAAAGAACAUAUCACUCCUACAUUUCCUCACUUCUACUCUUCUGGUCCUAUCACGGUUAUAAUGUCAGAUAUUGUAUAAUGUCAGAUAAAUGAAGAUAUUGCAUUGGAUUAUUGUUUUGCAAUUAUAUAUGUAUAAUGUAUUGUUCCUUAUCAAAUAAACAUGAAAUUACAUGAAA